AUGUUAGAUUUAAUUUUCUUUAUGUAUUAUAAAAUUGUUGAGAUUAUUGAGAUUGAGGCUGGCCCUUCGAUGAUUAUUGCGACAAAAUCAGCAUUUGGAAUAUUGCUAAUUUCAGAAAUUUUAGCUAAAAUUUCUUCUAAUUUAUCUCUAAGUGAUAUUUUAAGCUUUUUAGAAUUUGAAGAAACUUGGUUACUUAAUAUUGUAGACUCAUCUAUUAAAGAAGCAGCAAUUAAAGCAAUUAAAGAAGCAGUAAUUAAAGCAAUUAAAGAAGCAAUAAUUAAAGCGAUUCAUUCAGUAGAUUUUUAUCAACUUCAAGGAUUAUAUUUAAGUUUUGAUUUACAGUAUAGUUCUUUAUUAUCACAUGUACUAUUUUAUUUUAGAAAAGAUGCCGAAAGGUUUAUAAAAGAAUUUAAUCAAAUUCCUAUUGAUUCAGUAAAUAACUUGUUAAAAGAGAAAGUAGAUAUCAUUUAUGACUGUCAAAAAAAAAUUUUAAAGGCUAGAAAUCCUUUGAUUAAUGAUGAUAAUAUGGAAUCGAUCUUAAGCAGAACUAGAUUUUUUAUUCCUCAAGAAUAUAUACUUAGCGAUAAUUUAGAUUCUAUAUUUUUUAAUUUUGCAUAA